GCUCUGCGCUUCUGCUUUUUUCAUUGUAAACGCAUGUGUGCUUGUUUGAUUGCAGAACCAACAGCAGAGCAGCCUAAACGAACAUCGGUCAUCGGAGCUAUUUAUUAUUUGAGAAAUUGACCAGACAGUUGAUCAUGUUUUUGCUUGAGACAGAGUCGCUGGAGCGAAUGAGUGAUUUGUUUGAAAGCGGAUUCGCAGUGAAUGGAGGUUUGGAUGGUCCCGGACAGUCUCCAGCGCAUCUCGCCGCAUGCGGAGGUCAGGCGUUCUGUUUGCUUUGGCUCCUCCAAACAGGCGCUGAUGCAAACCAGCAGGACGCAACUGGAGAGACACCCAUGCAUAAAGCAGCCAGAUCGGGCAGUUUGGAGUGCAUCAGUGUGUUGAUGGCCAGGGAUGCACAGUUUAACAUUUGCAACAACGCUGGACAGACUGCUGAGGACAUAGCAUGGUCUUGUGGGUAUGAAGAGUGCGGGAGAUUUUUGAACUUGCAUCGAAGAACACAGGACUUGAAGAAAGCUUCAUCAUCAUCCUCGUCAUCCCUCAGUGAACAGCAUGUGUUGACCAGCACUCUCGCAGGACAGAAGAGAGGCCACACAGCCGCCUCUGGUGCCCAAGAUGGGAAGAGGGCACGGGACUGGUGAAUACAGGUCUCAUCAAGACAGAGAUCCUAAAAUAACAGGUGGUUUAACCAUUGCUAGAGUGGAAUGGUAAACAGAUCUAUCAGUAUGCCCUUGGAAAUAAGCCUACUGUAGCCUCAGAACUGAGAAUCAGAUGAUUUAGGCUGGGGUAAGUGAUGUGGAGCCUCCCGAUCAAGAGGAAUGACUGACACUGGUGGACAUUAUACCAGUCGAUGCAGAACAGAGGAAGAGAAGAUCACAACUUCCGGGUUUCUGACUGGAAAGAGUGUAACACUAAUUAGGAUCACACGCAUCUUGUGAACCAAUUACUCAGACAUCAACUGAAGUACUUUCAGAGUUUUAUAGCAGUCAGUUAGCAUUGGCAGGGACUGUUGAAAUGAGUGGAUGCAAAUGAGCAAAACCAAGCAAAACCAAAGACAAACCACUUGCUGUCAAGCUUUC